AUGGCUUCCAGCAAGCAGAUCAUCCUCAUAACCGGAGGGAACUCGGGCAUUGGCUUCAGUCUCGCGGAACUGCUCCUUGCAGAUGAAUCCAAGCAUGUCAUCAUCACCAGCCGGGACGUUGAGAGGGGAACCCGUGCGCUGCGCGACCUGCAGGCGAUGAAGCUACCCGGCACAGUCGAAAUGCUUCCCCUUGAAGUGGCAGACCCCGACUCGAUCUUGGAAUUGUCGCGCAAGGUGGACGAGGCUCAUGGGAGGCUAGACGCGUUGGUCAACAACGCCGCACAGGCCGUCGCCGCGCCGGGCAUGAGCCUUUUCGAGCACAUGCAACGAUGUUUUGCCGUCAACGUCAGCGGACCAGCGGUCAUGAUCGAAACGUUCCUGCCUCUCCUCCGGAAGUCAAGCUCGACGCCUCGGAUCAUCAACGUCGGAAGCGGACAGGGCUCGAUCGGUCGGACUCUGAGCCCCGAUGGUCCAAGCGGACCUCUAACCAUCCCGUACAAGACAAGCAAGGCGGCGCUGAACAUGCUGAGUUCCGUCGAAGUCGUCAAGCUCCGCCAGGCGCAUGAGAAGAUCAAGGUGUUCACGUAUUGUCCCGGUUUCUGCGUCUCGAAUCUCGGGCCCUUCAAUAAGCCGGAGAACGGCGCCAAACCGACGGUGGAUGGCGCACGACCAAUGGUGGCCAUCCUGAACGGGGAGGAGGAUCAUGAGGAUGGGGGGUAUCUCAACUCUGAAGGUGGUCGACAUCCUUGGUAA